UAGGACCACGCCGGAAUGAAGAGUCAUCGACCGCCCGGGCAGCGGGAGGCCUACAUGCCUCCCUCUGCAGUGCAAAUCACCAUCGACCGGCUGCAGCCUCCCCUCCCUGACUCUGAGAGGGGCUUCGAACCUCCUGCCCCCAGCCCAGCGGCAGCCAGCUCCCUCCUGCCCACCCCCCGGCUUCCUGGCCCAGCGAGCUCAAUCUCUGUGGCAACGAGGGCGUCUCCUAGCAACAAAAACCUCACGUCAACGGGGCGUGGCGCUGCGCUUCUGGCAGGCAGCAAGAUGGCGGCGGGGGUGGCAGAGCUGCGCAGGCUGGAGUGGUGGCUGGAGGAGCUGGAGCAGUGCAUUAACGGCGGUGACAACGUCUGUGGGCCGCGCAAGGUGGCUGACGAGCUGGUGAAGGUGCAGGUCUCGCUGAACAAUAUCGCCGGCAAGAGGGAGAGGAUCAAAAUCCUGUUUAAGAAAAUCGAAGAUGUAAUAAAAUACCUUGACCCUCAGUACAUUGAUAGGGUGGCUGUUCCAGAUGCCAUGAAGCUGCAGUUCAUCUUGGCAGAGGAGCAGGUUAUUCCUUCCCGAGCAGCCCUUCUGGAGGAGGUGAAGAAUCUCCAGCCCAUCUUGGACAGUGCCAGUAUCCAAGCAGCUCCUGACCAUGCAGCCAAACUACAGCGACUCUCUCAAAUCCACAUACAGCAGCAGGAACAGCGUCAUGAUCUAACUGACAGUGUCAAGACACUCCUCGAAGACUACAACAAGAUGACCCUGCUUCUUUCCAAGCAGUUUGUCCAGUGGAAUGAAAUUCUGAUGCAUCUGGAAGCAGCCAAGGAAGUGAAACCCAUAGCCGAGUAAUGGCAGAGCUGGGAGAACCCCGGGGACCUGCUGGCCUUGGGCCUCUCUGAAGAGGCUGCAGCACAGCUUGUACCCUGCAGUCUCAGCACCAUCCCACUUGGCAUGAGCAUGCUGCAAGUGGCAUCGCAGGCCCUCCUGGGAGCAUGCUGGCCCAGAGUGAAAGUUAUGCUACUCCUUAGUAUGCCCCUGGUUGCAAAGCUUGCACUUCCCUGAUGUGGGGUGGUGGUUUUUUUUAGCUUAUUUUCAAGUCCCUUUCUUCAGUAAAGUCUUGAAAUGCCAA